UCGCGGCGCACAUCUCCAUCUAGCAGCGCGCGAUAAUUGAAAUGGCGCAUUGUGCCUGCGGCAGCUGGAGCGGCAGAAUGCAUGACGGGAGACGUCAUCUGGCCCCGGAGCCUGAGGGCUGUUUGGUGUUAGACUACAGGAGCGGACCGAGAGGAGGAGCGGAGACGGAGGACUCCUGAGAGGACAGAUCCUCGGUCAGUCUACGGAGGAAGGUCUGAAUCCAGGGACUGACGAACUGAGACGGAACCAGACCGACUCUAUCUGGUCUAUGAACGAGUCUGAGCGGGACAGGAGCACACACCAGACCCUUACUGUGUCCUAAUCCUGGCCCUGGGGGGUCUGAAGGGCCCUGGGCCAGUCCUCCCUCCCUUUUCUCUCGGAGGAACCUCGGACGGGCCUGCUUGGGUCUCAGUCACCGGGAUACAGAGGCAGGAAGCCCGACUGAAGGAAGAGCCGGUCCCGCAGCUAAAUCCUCCUCCAGGCUCCGGUCAGCAUGUCCUCGGUGUCGGUCUCCUCUCAGGAGGGGCGGAGCCUGUCCAGGGUGUCUCUGAGCCGCUCACCUGUGUCCCCAAUCUCUGCUCAGGGAAUCCCCUCCCCCGCUCAGCUCACAAAGGCCAACGCCCCGGUCCACAUCGAUGUGGGGGGUCACAUGUACACCAGCAGCCUGGCCACGCUCACCAAGUACCCCGAGUCCAGGAUUAGUCGUCUGUUUAAUGGCACAGAGCCCAUCGUGUUGGACAGUCUGAAGCAGCACUACUUCAUUGACAGAGAUGGAGACAUCUUCCGCUACAUCCUCAGCUUCCUGCGAACCUGUAAACUUCUGCUACCUGAAGACUUUAAGGACUUCCCCCAGCUCUACGAGGAGGCCCGCUACUACCAGCUGACCCCGAUGGUCCGAGAGCUGGAGCGCUGGCAGGCAGAGAGGGAGGCCCAGAGGACACCGCCCUGCGAGUGCCUGGUCGUCCGGGUGACGCCAGACCUUGGAGAGAGAAUCGCUCUGAGUGGAGAGAAAGUCCUGAUCGAGGAGGUCUUCCCAGAGACUGGAGAUGUCAUGUGUAACUCUGUGAAUGCUGGCUGGAACCAAGACCCCACCCACGUCAUCCGUUUCCCCCUCAACGGGUACUGCAGACUGAACUCUGUGCAGGUCCUUGAGCGUCUCUUCCAGAAAGGUUUCACCAUCAGGGCGUCCUGUGGCGGCGGUGUGGACUCAUCUCAGUUCAGCGAGUACGUCCUGUGUCGGGAUCUGAGGUACAGCCAGUCCAUAACCAGCACCCCGAUCCGGAUCAAACAGGAGCCUCUGGACUGACCAGUGAACCGUCAGCAUUGGAGAGUUGGCGUGUUGACACAGGAGACAACGGUGGAGGACGUUAGAGUUUCUCGUUGGAUUUAAGUAUUUAAUUUGGAGCCUGAUGAUGAAGAUGAGGAUGAUGAUGCUAUGUACAGAUAGGACUCUGGAGGAUAAGUCACACGGGCUUUUUGGUUCACUCAGAGGUCAUAAAGGUUCAAGCCAGCCAGAGUUACAGUGACUUCUUGUGAGAUGGCGGGAUAAUAGAGAAAUGGGCCAACUGAAUCACUUCCUGUUGCCAGUGGGGGCAAUAAGAUGAGAUGUUAGCAUGUGAGCGUGCUCAGUGUGAUACCGUUGUCUUCUGAGAACGAGCAGAAGAUCACAGAGUAUUCACUAAAGUUAGAACAGGUUCAAAUCAUAUAGCACCGUCAAAAAUGCCUUAUUUUGAGAUUGAGAUAAGGCUGGUGGACUUCCUGUUGGGAUUCUGGCAUGGGUCCAGGAGACUUUUUGUAGGUCUGAUGAUGACCCAUAAACCAGACCAAAAACCACGAGCCUGAGCUGAAUGGUGUGCAGGGGCUGAAUAUUUAAAAGGAACAUUUUAAAACUCAGAGGCAGGAAUGCUGACUAGCCAGAGGGGGGCGCUGUGACAAAGUAAUGACAUUGAUGUUUGAAUGUGUUCAGGAUCAGUGUGUGGUCGUCUCUGUGAAGUUUGCUGAGGAUUGACAUUAGCAUUAAAAAGUUCUGAGGCAUUAUUGGUGAAAAUAUCAGACAGUAGUUUGAGUUUGGCCCCGCCCAACUGUAAAAACUGACAGCUCAGCUUCAGAUCUCCAGGCGGUCUAGAAUGAGCAGAAACAAUCUGGACUCACUCGGCUAAAAUCCCUCCGACUAGUUGGUUAAAAUAUGAAACUUGUGAAUCGGCUAAAAGUGGCAAAAUUUGACCUUCAGCUGUUUGUAGUGCACUUCCUGUACGUUUUAGAGGACGGCCCCCGGAGACUUUUUUAGUCUGAUCAUGAAACGUGCACCCACUUUCAUCCAGUCGCCUAUCUCUUGUUUGGGGGUGCAUACAGAAACAACGGGGUCCUCACAGACUCUAGGCCAGUUCCUAAUCCUCUAAACAGACUCAAGUCUGAUCCACAUCAGGAUUUAAACGUUACUGACCAACAGGACCAGACAGAAUCAUCAAUAACUCUACUAUUAAUGAUUUUAUGCUCUCAUUAAGAGAUCUGAAGUAGUCUUUCAUAACCUGAGAUAAAAACUGGACUAGUCCAGAAUCUACCAGGACAUAAAGCAGACCAGUCCACGUUAAAACCUUCAGUGAACAUUGACGAUAAAAGAUUUUACAUUUAAUAUUUAUUUUUAGGAUUAAACAAACUGUGGCGGUAGGAAAGGGUUGAUAGUCCAGCCGGGGCGUCCAGGUCUCAGCAGUAAAGAGUUCUCCAGGUACAGGGUCUGGUCUGUCAGGUUUAAAUCCUCCAUGUGGCUCCUUUUCUCCCCCCCCUCUCUCUGAUGGUUUAAAAACCUCAAAUCAGACCCUGACCCUGUCUCAGCCUCCAGAUCUGAUCAUCAGUAUCGGUGACUUUAGUUUGGAUCCAAGCAGUCUGGGGGAUCUGGUCCUGGGGGAACUGGUCCUGGGGGAUCUGGUCCUGGUGGAUCUGGUUCUUGUGAAUCUGGUCUGGUCCUGGUGGAUGUGGUCUUGGUGAAUCUGGUCCUGGUGGAUCUGGUCUGGUUGUUCCUGGUCCAUCAGAGCUGAAUGAUGUAACUUUUCUAAUCUGCAGUGUUAAAGGACUAUUUCAGGGUUUUUU